AUGACGCAACCACCCACCACAAACAACAACUCCCACAUCUCCCUCACCCCCAUCGAACCCAAUCUCUACCUCGGCAACCUGGAAUCCUCUUACUCCAUCCCCACCCUCAUAACCCACGGCAUCACCGCCAUCGUCUCCCUGUCCGGCAUCCACCACGAGGAAUGGUCCCGCCCCGCCAACCGCAAGCUCGUCCCGAAGGAAAACCACUACCAGUUCAUCCCCUGCGACGACAGCCCCAACCAAGACAUCUUGUGCUGUUUAGGAGACAUUUGCGAUUUUAUCGAUGACCAUAUCGGGGUGCCUUCUGUGCAGGAGAUAUUAGCGGGUGUUAAACCCGGUGAUGAUGAGGAGAAUGUGCUGGCGAGGGAGAUGGGGAGGAGCAGGAAGGUGCUCGUUCAUUGCGAUGAAGGGGUGUCGAGGAGUCCGGCGGUGGUGGCGGGGUAUUUGAUGAGGCGGGAUGGGAGGGGGGUGAGGGGGGUGAUGAGGGAGGUUAGGAAGCGGAGGGGGUGCGUGAGGGUGAAUAGGGGGUUUUUGGAGCAGCUGAAGGUUUGGGAGAGGGUGGGGUACAAGGUGUGGGAGGAUGAGGAGAAAAAGGUGCCGGUGGAGGGGUAUAAGAGGUGGUUGGAGAAGAGGGAUAGUAGGGUGAUGGGGGGGGGUUGUUUGGGGGAUGUGUGA